AAGAAGCUUUCAUUACGUUCCAUCUUCACCAUCCUUAUUCUCAUUCAAUUCCACUUCAUCUUCCCCUUCAUUAAUUAAUCAUCAUUCAAUUCCACAAUCAGUUUCAAGCUAUGUCUCCCAUGUAAUCCUUCAAAUUCCCAUGUAAUCCUUCAAUUUUAUUAAUCUUGAACGCUUCAAUUUCACCUUCAAUUGGAAUUGAAAAUUCAAAUAUCUUGGUUUUGCAUUAAAUACAAAACCCCCUCAAAUAAACCUCGAAUUAGGAUUAAUCUUCUACUUCACCAUAAUUCGAUCUCACCAUCUUCUCUCCAUCUUUAAUAGCAUCCAUUUACAAAUUAAUUUCCUUCAAAACCAUCAAUUAAUAAUUGCUUAAAUCAUGUCAGUUACUCUUUAUUUGCACAAAUGAUCAUUGAUAUUCUAUCUCUCAUCUCUUAAGCCAAACCUAACUCUAUUUAACAACACACUAGAUUCGGUAAUAGUCUUGCUACGGUCGUGAUCCAGAGAUAGGCAUGGUUCGUUUUUUUAUCUUUUGUUUAUCAAUUUUCGGAUUAGAAUUGAUAUAUUUCUUUUUUAACAGGUUUUGUUUCAAGUUUAAGGAUUAAAUUGAUGUAUUAUUGUAAUUUUUAAUUUAUUGUUUUCGAAUAUCAAUUUGUGAUAUUGUUCGUUUUUUUGUUCCUGUUUUAUCAAUUUCCAGGAUUAGAGUUGAUGUAUUUCUUUUUAACAGGUUUUGUUUACAGUUUUAGGAUUAAAUUGAUGUAUUAUUGCAUUUUUUAAUUUAUUGUUUUCUAAUAAUGAUUUUGUGAUUAGAAUAAUAUUUGCUAAUAAUUUAGCUAACCAUCGGAAAUUUGUACUUCGUUUCUUGCAUAAUUGGGAAAAUAAAGUACAUAUAUGUACAUCAAAUUGGGUGUUUAAGCUUUAGAGGAACUGAAUUGAGAUUGUCGCAAGAUAAAUUUGAUAUAGGGGUUGGGAGCAAUAAAAGACAAGCAACCCUCCUAAAGAUGCAACUUGAGAUACUUGCAAACUUGCCAUCAUAACUUAUUCGAUUAAGAAACUUUUUGCACUUGGGCAUAAUAUACAAAGCUUUGCUACAUUUUGAUCAAGUUUCAGGAUACAAUGGUAUGAAUUUCUCGCGUCGUCAAUUCACCUGUAAUGUUAGCAGUUUGAUCAUAUUGUAUUCACCAUAAGACAAUGGUCAAGAAUCUUAUGAUGGUAAUCAAUACUCCUCAAUGUGAGCCUAAAGACCUAAGGAUGGGGGGAAAUUACUUUCUUUCUAUUGUAGUGUUAGGAGUUGAAUAUGUUGUAGCAAGCUUUUGUAAAUGGGACAAACAUGUCUCACAACUCACAAGUCACAACUCACCAGUGAUGUUAACCCAAUUUUUGCAUAGUCUAUUGGUAAUUUGGUAUUACUUUUUGCCUGUUUUUUAGAGGUACUUCAACUACAAUAUUAGUUUUGUUCCAAACCGUACCUGGUAUGAGUAUUUCAACAUGGUGAUUGUUAACCUUAAUUGGAUCUAUAAAAUAUCACACAUCAAAGUGAAUCAAAGCCCGUUCAUCAAACGGGUUCAAAAACUAGUUAACGAAUGUAAAAAAUAAGUGUAAAGAUUAUUCUGAGAUUGAGUAUGUCUGAAAUUGAACACAAGCCACUUGUAAUUUUGUGAGUGAUUGAGCAAAGCUCGCACCAAAAUACGGAGUAACGAUCAACACAUCCAAGCAAAGGGAUUGUACCGUUUGUGCGAUUCAGCGGGCAUAUGAGCCCGGUAUCCAAACACGUCGUAUCCAUUUCUCUUUCUCGCAAUCACUCUAAAAACCAGAACCUCGACUUCCAAUCCAACCCACCAUGAAAGCUCGAACUUCUUCUUCAUCCAUGUCACUCUCACAGUUACCACCAUUAUCACCCCUCAAUUCAACCUCCGAUCUCGAUUUCCCCACCUUUUUCUCCCACUUAAACGCUGUCCUCAUCUCCCCUAAAUCCCCCAAAUCCGCCAUUAACAACAACAACAAUGUCUUUCUCCCCCAUUUCCUCUCAACCUCCCUUUCUAUGGUACCCAAAUCUCAAACUCCCGCAGUACCCACUUCAAAUUCUACCAUCAAAGACCUCUCAAUCUUUGAACGCGCCUUCAUCGGCGCGGGCGCGGGAGGAUCUGCAGGCGCUUUCACCUACGUCUGCCUUUACCCGCUCGAAACCAUCAAGACGAAGCUUCAGACAAAAGGGGCGAGCCAAAUUUAUGCGAAUACCCUGGACGCCAUUGUUAAGACCUUCCAAUCGAAAGGUAUACUCGGGUUUUAUAGUGGGGUUUCAGCUGCAUUUGUUGGUUCCACUUUUUCAUCGGCUGUUUAUUUUGCUACUUGUGAAUUUGGAAAAUCGUUUUUGUCGAAAUUUGAGGAUUUCCCGCCUGUAUUAAUUCCACCUACUGCUGGUUUAAUGGGGAAUAUUGUGUCUUCUGCUAUAAUGGUGCCGAAAGAAUUGAUUACUCAAAGGAUGCAGGCUGGUGCAAAAGGGCGGUCGUGGGAGGUGGUUGUUGAGAUUUUGGAGAGAGAUGGGGUUUUGGGGUUGUAUGCUGGAUACUCAGCUACAUUGUUGAGAAAUUUGCCGUCUGGGGUUUUGAGUUACGCCUCGUUUGAGUGGCUUAAAGCUGCGGUUUUGAGGAAGACGGAGAAGGGGAAAAUGACACCGUUGGAGAGUGUAUGUUGUGGGGCGUUGGCCGGGGUGAUUUCAGCUUCGUUGACGACUCCGUUGGAUGUUGUCAAGACUAGGUUGAUGACUCAGGUUCAUGGCGAGGCUGUGAAUAAGCUUGCUGCUGCAACGUUUGGUGGGGUUAAUGCUACUGUUAAGCAGAUUUUGAUGGAGGAGGGUUGGGUUGGUUUUACUAGGGGUAUGGGACCUAGAGUUGUUCAUAGUGCUUGCUUUUCUGCUAUUGGUUAUUUUGCAUUUGAGACUGCUAGGCUUGCGAUUAUGGAACAGUAUCUUAACCGUAAAGAUCAGCAAUCCAAGGAGAUGAUGGCUUGAUGCGAAGCAGUUCAUAUGUGAGCUGAUGGUGUUUGCUGAAUCUCUUCCUGCCAUUUUUGUAUGUAGAUGUACUUACUGAGUAUGUUUUUUGUUGAGUUAAAUUUUGUUUCAAUUUCAUUGUAUUCACUACUCACUAGGUGCUCUUAGUCAGCUCAAUCCAGUUCUUAACAAACAACUUUUAAGAGGAGAUAUAUAUAAAAUAAAUUCAGGUGAUUCAUGCUC